AGGGCAAUCUGUGCUUUUAUUUUUCUUUCCUGACGGCCACAGUUGAGCACAAAAACAAACUUGGACCGACUGGGUAGUGGGUCAACACUCAGCGCUAAUGUCCUUGCCUGAAGUGGAGGAACUGAAGCCUUUUAACUGAAGAGAUUUGAUCUUUUUAUUUUCCAUUGUUGAAAAAAGGGAAGGGCUCCAUCAAGUAAAAAAAGUGACCGUUUAGAAAUUAAGUUAUGAGUCAGUGAGUGCGCAGUUUACGCACUGGGAGCACCGCGAAACUUUAACAUGUUGGAUGACCUCGCCUUUGUUGUUGUUCAUGUGUUAGGCUUAAUUUCCUUUGUUGGUGACACUUCUUCAGAACUCACUGUAAACAUGUGUCGUGGCUAAAAACUUUAAAGCGCACACAAAACCUGAGGAGGUAAUCCUAAAACACCAUGGGGGCCAAACAGAGCAGCCCAGUAUUUGAUGGCAGAACUCGGGCUUAUUCCAGCUCCGAUCUCCCAUCUGGAAACCCCAGCCGAGGGGAAAGGAUAGCGGGGUUUAGGUACACCAAUGGACCAGAUGGCCCCAGGAUCCGGUACACAGGUGGAGGGCCAGCGAGCUCCGGGCUCAGUAUACCGGCCGGCGGCAGGUCAGGAUCGCACGUACUCAAUCAGAGCCUCGAUGGUGACGACGAGAACCAGCUGCCUCCUGACGGCCACAGGUUGCUUAUAGGGUCUCUACCGGCCCACCUGUCCCCUCACCUGUUGGGAGGCUUCCACUGUCCUGUUUGCUCCAAGUUUAUGGCUUCGGAUGAAAUAGAGAAGCACCUGCUCAUGUGUUUCAGCAAAACACGGCUCACCUACAACAAGGACAUCCUGUCCAGAGACUCUGGGGAAUGUGCCAUCUGUUUAGAAGAGUUGGAGCAGGGAGACACCAUUGCCAGGCUGCCUUGCCUCUGUAUCUACCAUAAAGGGUGUAUAGACGAGUGGUUUGAGGUGAAUCGCUCAUGUCCGGAGCAUCCCGCUGACUAGGAGCCGCAAGAGUACAGUUUCAGUCUACUGUACAUCGCUGUGGUGGACUGUGUGCCCUGACCUCAUCCCAACACAGUCUGCUCCAGCUGAGCAUCAGCGCUCCUCAGGGAUUGUAAGACAUUAUUGUACAGGUGUUUUCAUAUUGCCUCAUGGAAGAGCGAUGGACUAUGGAUAUGUUCCUCUAGAUUUUGUUGUGGGAUGUUCAAAGAACCACUGGUGGAGUCAUUUUGUCUCCAGAAAAUAUGUGAAUGUUCCUUAUGCCACCUGCUGGCCUGAAGUGGGUUCAUGCAACCUGGGAUCUGUUUUGCUGAACAGGGUGUGGUUUUAUAGCAGAGGACUUCUAUAACCAACAUGGUGGGAGGUCUCUUUUCAGCAGAGAUUAUGGUUGAGUAACUGUCCAGAGAAUGGUCAGAAGACUGAAGGCUGAUGUUGUGCAAUGUGAAAAAAAGCCAUACUGAAUUAAAAAUACCUAUAUCAGCUUUAAGGGAUGAUUAACGUGUUGAUGGUAGUUAGGAAGUACAUCUUCAUUUUAUUGCAAAAUUGGCUGUCAUUGUUUGUUAAACAAUCAUGUGUUCUAGACCAAAUAGUCUAACGUGAAAUAGUCGGACCUUGUCAAUCACCUGGCCAUUUAGAACCACAGCAAUGUGAUUGUGUAGUUGUGUAGUGGUGGAAUUAAAGAUAGGCUAAAACAUAUCUAAUGAUGAUUCAUGCUCUGUCUAAGGAGUGCCAUAAUAUGCUGCUAUGUCACAGACUGGAAAGUUUUCCUAUAACCUUUGAGCCUGUGUUCAGUGUACUUUCUAUUUGUACUGUAAUGAAUUGCACAACAAUAAAUGUUUUGUCUUUGUGUCUCUUUA